AAGGAAAAAGAAAACAAAACCAUGCAAUACACGAAACCAGCGUUUCGAAACGCGGCUUUCUACUGCCACGUCUUCUCUCGCUCCUUAACCUUAAACCCUAACCCUCUGCUCCUCGUUUCCCCGUUUCGGAAACCCGAAACGUUUCGCCUCGCUUCACCCGUUUCGUGCUUAUCCUCCUCCUCAAUGGCGGUGCCUCCGUCUUCGCUGGAGAAGCAAUUCGAUGACUUUAGGGUUCAGCUGGAAGAAUCUGGAACCUUGCGCGAACGAAUUCGAAGCGUCGUUUCGGAGAUUGAGUCCUCCACUAGGCUCAUCUAUGCCACACUUCUUCUCGUUCACCAGUCUCGUCCCACUCCCGAGCUUUUAGAGAAGGCCAAGUCUCAUGUUAAUGUGUUAAAGAAGCAGUAUAAGCAACUUGCUGAAGUUGUUGGAGGAUGCCCUGGGCAAUACUAUAGGUACCAUGGUGAUUGGAAGAGUGAGACACAGUCUGUAGUUUCAAUGCUUACAUUUAUGCACUGGCUUGAAACAGGAAGCCUUCUCGAGCACAAAGAGGCUGAGGAAAAACUUGGGUUGAAUAGUUCAGAAUUUGGCCUAGACGUUGAAGAUUACUUAAUAGGUGUCUGUUUUAUGUCUAAUGAAUUGCCAAGGUAUGUGGUGAAUCAAGUGACAGCUGGGGACUAUGAUUGUCCAAGGAAGGUCUUAAAGUUCUUAACAGAUCUCCAUGCUGCAUUCCGCAUGCUUAAUCUACGAAAUGAUUUUUUGCGAAAGAAGUUUGAUGGCAUGAAGUAUGACUUAAGAAAAGUCGAAGAAGUUUACUAUGAUGUUAAGAUUCGGGGUUUGACACCGAAUGGUGAGCCAGUUGGAGACUUGGAGAUCAAGGAAUCGCAGGACAAUCUUAAUCUUAAGUUGUGAUACCUGUAGACCCAAAGUACAUGGAGCUUUACUAGCUUCUUAACAAACUAUGGACCUUAAAAAUUGAUAGGCUUAGCUUUUUGUUAGCUGUAACGGGAGUUCUAUUUCUAAUGGUUGAUGAAAGCAAGAUUCAUGAGUAAGGAAAUACAAUUGCCAGUAUGUGCUGCUGACUUUCAACCAUCGUGAGAACUAAGAACCCUGUACUCAAUGCUUGUGGGUUGAACGGGGAUUUUCAAUUCAAUCCACAGCGGACAAUUUGAAGUUUUUCUUUAAAACCUUUCACCCCAUCGGCUAAAUGAAGUUGUAAUUCCCUAUUGCAAAA